UGUCCUAGCAGAUUCUUUUUUCAUAAAUUGUUGUUGGACCAUAAAUUAACUAAAAAGUUUUGCAAAAUUGCCAAUAAGAUUGAUUAACAACAAUUUAAUACAAAUACAUAACAAUAAAUAUGAUAACAGAUGCAGUAGGAGAGGCCAUUGAUGAAGAUAAUGAUGAAAGCAAUGAGCUAUUGCAGGAAUUGCAAGAAAGUAACCAGGACCCGGAAUUUACGCGCUUAACAGAAAUGGUACGCCAGCACUAUUUGAAUUAUUUGGAAAAGCAAUUGCAAGAGAAUUUGUUAAAUUCCAAUAGCAAUAAUAAAAAGAAUGGCUUGCGCCGGCAGGACUACGCUAAUGAGGAAUUGUGUAAAAAGUCAAUUAGAAAAACAGCUGAGCUGUUGGAGGAUAAAGCCGUCAAAGCAUGUAUGAUAGCAAAGUUCUAUCAAAGAGCAAUGGUUAAAAUUAUCGCAAUAGUCAGGCGAACAACGCAAGAAAAACGCUUAUUUACACAUUUGGAGAAAUGUAUAAAAACUAAAGUUAGCUCCAAACCACUAACAACUUCCAAAGAAACGCAAACAGAAGCUGGCCUUCUAGAAGAUAUAUGUCCACAUAAUGACGCACCUUUAACACAAAAUACAACAUUUCAAUCUGGUGACCAUGGUAUUGAUCAUGAUCAAAAUAAAAUGUCUUUAGAUGAGAAAAUUGAAAUGUUUCAAAAACAUUUACAAAAAGAAAAAUGUUUGGAUAUUGUUAAGAAAUAUCCCUUAAACAAUCAGACACCUAAAGUGUCUAAAAGACAACAACACCAUCGUAACUAUAGGCGUCACAAUAGGCAUCGCAGUGAACACCAUGCAAAGCCUAAACAGGAAGAAGUUUACUUUAGUCCCACACCGUCUAUUGUAACAGCUCCCAUUUCACCCAUUUCACCUGCGGUACAGAAAACGCCUUUAGACACAUCUUUAAUUGAAGCGGGAGCAGUAUCCCAAGAAGUGGAAAAUGAGAAUUCUAAUGAUAGCGUUGCUGUAGAAUUGGCACGUCUUUUUAGCGAGGAAAAAACUGAAUUGGAUGAAAUUUUUGGCAUUGAUCCGAAUGAGGAGCCCGAUGAUCCCCAGAUUUGUAAAAUUCUUAAAGAAAUUGAAGAUGCCAAAAUUAAUCAAACCACAAAAACCAAUAUAGUUGGUGUAAUAAAUACUAAAGAAAAUCCUGAACCAAUCGAACAUCAAGACAACAACUUUCUUCUAGAACCGAAACAAAUACGGCCACAAAACUGUCAAGAUUUAUUUAAGUCUAUAGAUUUAAGUAAAAGCAUUUGGCCUUGCGAACUGUUUAUGCAGAGACGUAAAUUAAGUGAAUCAUUGGCACGUCUCAUCGAAGAAGAUCUACGUUGGCAUGAUGUAAUGAAAUGGAAAUUUGUCCAACUGUUUGGUGAAGACAGUGAUGAUGAAUUUACGCCCUGCAGUCCCAGCAUAGAAUUAGAUGAAGUCCUAAUAGGCAGCUGUAUUAGACGCAUUUCGCCUUGGGUGGUGCAACAUCUUAUGAAGCCCAUGCGGGAUGGUUUAAUUGGCAAUCGUUUCCUGUUCAAAAAAUUGGCCAAAAGUUUGGCUCGCAGUAUUAUUAUGGAAAAUCAAUAUCCGGACGAAUCAAUAAUUAAAGAUUGUGUGGAAACCUUUUUCUGCCUGCAUCAGGCAGUAAUGUCA